AUGCUUAAAGCCUCUGUGGUCGUAGUGAUUUGUAAUUCGUGUCCUGUGCUGCAGCUAGACGUCACCGUGCAACCACCCGCUCCUCCUGUGCCGGAGCAGGUGGUGGAGCUGAGUCUCCUCUUAAGGAGAAAGAUCUACACUGACGAGCUGCUGGACCCCGACAGUCUCCAGCACCAAGCGCUCAGCAAACAGCUUGCUGCAAAGAUAGAGAGGGCCCUGCAGAGGCUUCCUGGAUUUAAGAGCGUGUCUGUACUGGAUAUCAGGCCUCAGAAGGACUCCCACGGGCUGGAUGGUGUCUUGGUCAACUAUACAGUGACGGUGCAGGUUGAAGAAGCAGGACUGAGCCUUGAACAACUAGACUACCUGACUUUACACUCGAGCUGGGCUGAGACAUCCUUCUGGGAGUUUGAGGAGCGCCCUGCUGUGGUUGAUACAAACACUGAGGUCAGAAACAACUUUGAGGAGGUGACGCAUGUGGCGGAGCUGGACAGUGUGUCUGAGUCCGAUGUAUCUGCACAUCGAGCCCCGGUCAGCGUUGAGCUUGAUGAGCCACAAGAUGUCUCCUUCAUGAAAAGCAACACAAAAGACGUAAAUAAAGAGAAUUUUCUGUUUGAGCCCUCUGGGAGAAACACAGUGACAUCGACAGAAAACGGUGUCAUUGUUUUGGAGCAGAGUGAGGUUGAAUCUGCCACGCUUGUUUUCACCUCCAGUGCACCUGAAGCACACAGCGUUGAGAAGGAAGGCCUGCUGUUGGAAGACACUGUGCAGACUCCCACUGCAGACAAGGUUCCAGCUCAGCUUCCUUCCGCUGAGCUGCCAGAAAGCCUCACACUGCCUGAACCACCAGUAGACAUCAAGGCUUUUGGUUCAGGUUCUGAUGAGCAAGAGGACUUCAAGCAUCCAUCGAUAUGGACAGAAGGAGAAUCAGAAAUACCUUCUGAAGCACAAGACGUGUUAGAUACAGAUGCAGUCACUGGAGAUGUUGAUCCUGCAGAUGUCCCAGGUGUUGCAGUUGGAGAAGAGCCUGCAGAGGCUGUGGAGGAGACUGAGGUCUCCACAAUCACAACCGAGACUACAGAAGAACAUCUCCUUGCUGUAGUACCAUCAUCAGAGACUGCAGAGGAGAUGCUGGAUUUAUCAGAUGAAGUCAUUAGUGUGGAGUUGCCUGAUGAUAAUCCAGCUGUGGACAAGGAGGAGGUGGGGAUGGGGCCGAGCAUUUUGACAGAAACAACAAAGAGCCAACAAGAAGUGCAGGCAGAGGCAGAACCAGGAACUUCAAGGAUCCCCACAGAAGAUCUUACAGCAGUUGACUUACUGAUAGUCAACAAGGACAAUCCAGAUCCACCAUCUCCAGAGUCAGAUUUGACUGUCAGCUUUGAUAUCAGCCACAUGUCUGAGGGGCCACCUGACGUAAUCACAGAGGUUCAGACGACUAGCAGGGGUUUGGAUGACAUCACCAUUGCCGAGCAGGGUUACGAUGGGAUUAGUUAUGGUUACGGUGUGGGGCGGGCACUGAUGGUGUUCUUCAGUCUGAGGGUGACCAACAUGAUCUUCUCACAGGAUCUUUUUAAUAAGAGUUCUCCAGAGUAUAAAGCUUUGGAACAGCGCUUCCUGGAACUGCUUGUGCCAUACCUGCAAUCCAACCUGAGUAACUUUGAAAAUCUGGAGAUUCUCAAUUUCCGGAACGGGAGCAUUGUGGUCAACAGCAGAAUGAAAUUUGGCAAGCCAGUACCUAGCAGUGUGACCACAACCAUCUAUCUGAUCCUGGAGGACUUCUGCAAUAUGGCCUACCAGACCAUGAACCUGGCCAUCGAUAAGUACUCACUGGAUGUGGAGUCAGGUGACAAGGCCGAUCCCUGCAAGUUCCAGGCGUGUAAACGAGUAUGCCGAGUGUAAGGUGAAUAGACGGUCCGCGAGGCAGAGUGUGGCUGUAAUGCGGGUUACUUCAGUGUGGAUGGACUUCCUUGUCAGAGCGUCUGUGAGCUGAAAAAAGACUUUUGCCUCAAUGAUGGCAAGUGCGACAUCGUCCCUGGCAAGGGAGCCAUUUGCAGGUGCCGUGUUGGGGAGAACUGGUGGUACCGAGGGGAGCACUGUGAGGAGUACGUCUCUGAACCACUGGUGGUCGGCAUCGCCAUCGCCUCCGUGGCUGGUUUCCUGUUAGUCGCAUCCGGAGUGAUAUUUUUUCUGGCCAGGACUCUACGGGACCAGUACAAGAAGGAAGAGUCGGAGGACCCUAUGCGGCAACUAGAAAGUCUCCCAUCUCUGGACAAAGCUACCAAGUACAAUCCCAUGUAUGAGAGUGAGCCCACCACAGGCUACAGCCACUACUACCGCCGCUAUCCCGAACCUCCCGUCUACAGCAGCACCAGCGCCGAGGCCUCCACCGACUUCAGCAGCGAGGAGAUACGACACAUUUACGACAACAGCGAGCUGACCAAGGAGGAAAUCCAGGACAGGAUACGCAUCAUUGAACUCUAUGCUAAGGACCGGCAGUUUGCUGACUUACUGCAGCAGCACCAAGCCGCAUUGGACACCCACAGAGAGAGCAAAACUGCUCAGGCAUGAAACUCUCCUGUGAACGACAAGUGCCUUCUCCUGACUGAAAUGUGAUGUAAGGCGUGUUUGCUGCUCGCCUGAUGGACGUCUCACUUUGGCUGAAAUUGCACCACAUUCCUAAUACUUGAAUUGAUGACAAAUCACAGUAAUGUAGAACCCAUUUGUUUCCAUGGCAGUAGACAGGACUCUCUUUUAUCUGAACAUUCCAAAAGGGAAAAACAUUAAACUGUCAUCGUGUACAUUUUGUGAAUACAGCUGAUUUGUUAAGGUACGAGCUAACAUAGCACUUUCUAAAAAGUUACACUUUAUAAAGGGUUUAGGCUACAUGUAAUUUUCCAUGUAAUUACCAUGUAUUAUUAAAAACUAUUUAAUUGUUGAAAAUUAACUCUGUUUAUCAGUUGGAGCACAAUUCAGUAGAGUUUGUACAUCUACGAGGAACGGCAGUCUGCUGAUACACUGAGAAAAUAGUGUAAUAAGUGAGAAAGAAACCAAAAAAACAGAUUGUUGAAUAUCCAUAUCACAUCUGUCUGCAAUUAGGAACUUCUGACUUCUGACAACAUGGAAAAGGUGACUAAGACAUCCCAUUAAAUUGAUCUUCUGGUUUGGAAA